CUUAGUCCCCCACUGAUGAUCAUGUGAUUGUGUAUUGAACCGAAUGUCAUGCAGUUUAGACCAGAAGAAAACACGGUCACAAGAGGAUGACAGGCUAAACAGUCAGCACCAACUCUCAAAAAGCGUUCAACAUGGAGGAUUCAGAGAGGACUCAGCUUCUGUCAGAUCACGGGCCAGACAUCAGCCCCCGCAUUGUGGUGGAAGUACCGCGAGGGAACGCCUCAGCAGACCCCGCCAGGAAAAAGUUGAGGAGCCUCCAGACCUCCUCCACCUCUGCCCUCGAUUCUGUGGAGGUCCCCAACAAUCCACAGACCUACAUCUCCAACACUCACAGCAUCUCACCGGAGGACAACCACCUGGACAGACUCAAAAUAUCCAACAUACAGAGUCUAAUGCACCUCCUGAAGGGUAACAUUGGUACUGGUAUUCUUGCCAUGCCCAUUGCUGUCAGCUACGCUGGGCUCUGGGUCGGAUCUAUUGGAAUUCUGUUCCUUGGAUUCCUAGCCACCCACUGUAUGCAUAUGCUUCUGAACUCUAGCACACAUCUUCGAAGAAGAGAGAGAAAAGGCCCCGUGGAUUAUGCCGACACCUUCCAUCUCAGCCUGGCCUCUGGCCCACCGUCUCUCCGGAAAUUGGCAGGAGCUGGUAGGGUAACAAUAAACAUUUUCCUAAUGAUGACACAGUUUGGGUUCUGCUGUGUCUACAUUCUUUUUGUGGCAACAAAUGUAAAACAGCUGCUUCAUACAGUGUGGGCAGAUGACCCCAGCCUGAAGGUUUACAUCAUUGCGAUUGGUCUCUUGCUAAUUCCAUACAGCUUAAUCAGGAACCUUGUACAUCUUGCCCCGUUUGCAAUGUUUGCGAAUGUCCUGAAUGCGGUGGGAUUGAUCAUCAUCUUCCAGUACAUCGUCAGAGGUCUUCCCAAUCAGAAUACCAGACCUGCGGACAAGUCCUAUGAGAAACUGCCACUGUAUUUUGGGACAGCUCUCUUUACAUAUGAAGGAAUUGGUUUGGUGCUCCCAAUAGAAAACAAAAUGAGGACCCCGGAGUCCUUCACAGGCUGGAAUGGAAUUCUGAGUGUGGGCAUGGUCACUAUUUGUUCUCUGUAUUCUGCCAUGGGCUGGUACGGUUACCUCAAGUUUGGAGACGAGGCUAAAGGGAGUGUCACCCUCAACCUACCCACAGACCAACUAGUGUAUCAACUGGUUCUUCUCAUGUUCUCCAUCUCAUUAUUCAUAUCCUUCGCCCUUCAACUCUACGUCCCAAUUAGAAUCAUUUGGCCCAAAAUCCAGCACCAUUUGGUGUCCAAAAAGAAGAAAGAGUUUGGGGAAUAUGCUCUCAGGAUAAUAUUGGUGAUGUUCACAG